AUGGCAAUCGCUCCCUCCUCUUACUGUCUGCUUACUUGUGAGCUGGAAGCAGAGAUAACCGGAGCCCAUAGUUUUUCAUCGUCCAUGGACUCCAAUUCCCAACAAACAAGGAUAGUCGGAGCCAAUACUUUUCCAUCGUCCAUGGACUUCAAUUCCCAACAAACAGAGUCCUCGUUAGGUUUCUCUGUGUAUUGGAUGGUCCCUAUUCGUGGCUUGGAUAACUUCUCGGAUAUAUAUUCUCGAAUUGCAGGUAGUAAUUCUCUUGCUAAACCUUGUGAACAAGCUGGGACCUCAUGGUCUGACAGUAACCCUAAUGUUUGGAGGAACACAACUCCGAAUGGAAAUUCUCUUUUUAGGCCUGUACCGAGGCAGGGGGGGCAGCAAACAGAUGAGAGCUUGUUUGGAGUUGCAGGACCUUGCGCACAAACUGGGACCUCUUCGUCUGGCCCUAUACCUUCAUCUUUGGGAUCUUCGGGAGGAAGUGCUUGGAGGUCUGUUCCGACUAGCCAGGGGGGGCAGCAAACAAACAGGAGCUUGUAUGAAGGCGCCAAACAGCAGGACAACAUCACCACAUCAUCUACACAGAUACCCUCGCCUCAGCACAUUACAGGUAGUUAUCCUCUUGCCAAACCUUGCGAACAAGCGGGGACCUCAUCGUCUGGCCCUGCAACUUUAUCCUUGGAAGGAAGUGUCUCGAGGUCUGGAUCGACUAGCCAGGGAGGGCAGCAAACAAAUGGGAGCUUGUAUGGAGGAUAUUUUCAGACAUCAACAGUUAAUAGUGUUGAAGCUGUAGAGAGUUGUAAAGAUGCUACUGUUUCUCAACCAUCUGAAACUACUCAGCGAUCUAGUAAUUCUGGUUUUGAUAAGUCAACGACACCAAUCAAUCCCUCCCAAUUUGUGGCAGAAAAUAUAGAGCCCACCUCUAGUCUUCCUCCAACUAGUCAAUUGGGAAAGAAAAGGAAGUUGACGUCGUCUGUUUGGGAUCAUUUUGGUAGAGUUAAUUGCAAUGGGAAUGAUUGGGCAAUUUGUCAUCAUUGUAAGUCAAGGCUUAAGGCUAAUAGCAAAAAUGGCACCAAGUCUUUGCAUAAUCACCUAGAGAAGUGUGGGAAGAAAAACAAUCAAGACAUAGCCAAAUGUCUAGAGAAGCAAAAACAAAUCUCUUUACAAUUUGGGAAUUUUACAUUUGAUCAAGAAAAAUCAAGAAGAGAGUUGGCAUGUGCUAUCAUAUUACAUGAGUAUCCACUCUCAAUUGUUGAACAUGUGGGAUUUAAAAAGUUUGUUGCUAGUCUUCAACCACUCUUCGAAAUGGUUUCUAGAAAUACUAUUGAGAAAGAUAUUUUGAAUAUCUAUGCUAUUGAGUUUGAAAAGUUAUACAAUGUGUUCAAGAAACUCGAGUGUCGAAUAGCAAUCACCACUGAUAUGUGGACAUCAAAUCAAAAGGAAGGUUUCAUGUCUAUCACUGCACAUUAUAUUGAUGAGUCUUGGGUGUUACAAAAUCGCAUUUUACGAUUUGUUCAUGUGCUAGCACUGCAUACUAAGGAAGAACUUGAAGGACAUUUGAUGGAUGCUUUUAGCAAGUGGGAUAUUUUGACAAAAAUUUCUACAAUCACUGUAGACAAUUACACCAAUGAUGGUGUGGUUCCUAUUAUUGAUGAUAAAUUGUACAGUGAUCUUUUAUGUGAUGGGCCUAUAUUGUGUACGAGGUAUUAUGUGCAUAUUGUGAAUCUUGCUAUAAAGGAUGGGUUAUCCAUUAUUGAGAAUUCACUUGUAAGAAUUAGGGUUACUGUAGCUUUUUGGUCAGACACUCCUCAACGAGUGAAAACAUUUGAAGAAAUGGCAAAAGAAUUGAAGAUUUCUUGUGAGAAAAAGUUGAGUUUAGAUUGUAGAACUCAUUGGAAAUCAACAUAUUUGAUGCUUGAAACAGCAAUUGGAUAUAAGGAUGUCUUUCCUAGGUUGAGAAUUAGGGAAAAAAAUUAUACGAGCGUGCCAACUGAUGAUGAUUGGGAAAUGGCAAAAAUGGUUUUAGAAAAGUUAGAAACUAUUCGUAGCAUCUCUAAAAUAUCUGUUGGGAGAAAAUAUCCAACUUCUAAUUGUUAUUUCGUUCCCAUUUGUCAUUUGAGAAGUUCAAUGGUGGAUUGGAUGAAGUCUGAUAAUGAGGUUAUAAAGACCAUGUCUAGUAAAAUGUUUGAUUAUCUUCAGAAAUAUUGGAAGGUGGUUCGUGAUGUUUUGUCUAUAGCUGUCAUAUUGGAUCCUCGGUAUAAGAUGAGAGUGUUUGAAUACUUUUUUCCUAUGAUUUAUGGUGAUGAUGCAUCGAGUGAGAUUGAGCAAGCUAAAACAACUUGUUAUAAUUUGCUUAGCAAUUACCAAUGUCGAGUUUCCGAGCCAAAAUCUCAUUUCAUAUCUUUAGUUCCACCUAUUCCAAUGUUAGAAAGUCAAGGUUCUUUAAAGAAAGAUUGGAGCAAUCUAGUUGCCUUUCUUAGCUCUUCCUCCAGUAGUGUUCAUGUGAAAUCUGAAUUAAAUUAUUAUCUUGAGGAGAGUCUUUUUCCAUGCAUGCAAGAUUUUGAAUUUGAUAUUCUUAAUUGGUGGAAGACAAAUGGGAUAAAAUAUCCCACAUUACAAAAGAUUGCUCGAGAUUUCUUAGCUAUGCUUGUGUUUACGAAUGUAUCCAAGUCUGCUUUUAGUAUUGGUGGUAGAGUUCUUAGUGUUCAUCAAAGUAGACUUUGUCAGGAUACUUUGUAAGCGUUGAUGUGCUCACAAAAUUGGUUAUGUGCUGAAAGUGAAGGUAAUUGUAAAAUUGAACUCUUUUAAUUUUAUUUUCUUUAUUUUAAAUGUAAAGUUAACAAAUGUUUAAAAUGUUUUUUUUUUCUCUCUCUUUUAAUGUUUAGCUUCUUGUUCAAUUGCGGAAUCAAGUUGUUUAUAUGAUGUCGACGAGGAUGUAGAUUAA